AUGGGGAAAAAACUGUCCAAGAAUGUAUUUUUGAAGCUGCUUAGCCGUACCGUGAAGUCUCCUAUUUUCUUCGUCAUGUCGUUCACAGCCAUAUUCUUCAUGAUUUAUGCAGACGGCAACAUGCUCUCCAAAGUUUCCUUAUACCCUUUGGAGCUAACCACUUAUGAAAUCUUCGAAUCGCAAGACAUUGGAAUUCAAGACACCGAGGAUGUCCUGCCGGUCUUCUCCAGAAUUAGUACUAAUCGCACAGAAAAAAACAUCGACCUGGACGACCAAGAAGAUAAUGAUCGCGAUGCUCUAAUCGCUCCGGUGAACGUCACGGAAGAAGAAAGAAUGGUGUGGUUCCGUCGAAGAUUAUCUGAAACCGAAAUUCUAGACUCCAACGACUUGACACAAAAAUUCCACCGUAGGGUUUGGGAAUUCCUUAACAACGGGUGCAACAUUCAGCUCUACAUGACGUGGUUUUCGCCCGCAAAGAAUUUCAGUAGGCGACACUUGUUGUCAAUCGUGACCCUCUUCAAAGCACACCCUGAGGGUUGCCUCAUGAUCAUCUCAAGAACCAUGGAUUCAAAACGCGGUUAUAAGAUAUUGAAACCGAUCAUCGACCGCGGUUUCAAAGUACUCACAAUCACACCCGAUGUGUCUUUCUUAUUGAAGAACACCCCGGCGGAGUCUUGGUUUGAAUCAAUGCGACAUGGCAAAAAAGACCCUGGCUACGUACCUUUCACUGAGAAUCUUUCCCAUCUACUAAGAAUAGCUGUUUUGUACAAGUACGGAGGAGUGUAUCUAGACACGGACUACGUGAUCUUAAGAGAUUUCUAUGGCUUGAGAAACGCGAUCGGAGUUCAAAACGUUGAUUUGAAGACCAAGAAAUGGACAAAGCUAAACAACGCCGUUUUGAUCUUUGACAUAAACCAUCCUCUCUUGUAUGACUUUAUGGAAGAGUUUAGUUGGAAUUAUAACGGGAACAAGUGGGAGUACAAUGGUCCUGAUUUGGUCUCAAGAGUUGGGGAGAGAGUAGGGAGUAAUCCUGGGUACAACCUCACCCUAUUGCCGGCCCAAGGCGUUCUAUCCAGUGGAUUGGAUGCAGAUACAGAAGCUUAUGAAGAAGCCUCAGAACGAGUCCGAGUCGAGGUGGGUUGA